AUUUCAUCCAUCGUUCAAGUCAUUCUGCUGUAUUGUCUUCUAAACCAUCAGCAACCAGUGCAUCUCAGGGAGUUAAGGCCGAACCCAGCAGCAACCCUACCAGCUUGCCAACUCCCCAGAAUUCCCCCAAGGUGGCCAGCCAGGCCUGUCCAGGUGUCAGCACCGUCCCCGCUGUGGCCACAGCUGUAUUGCCAAGCAGCCACAGGGAAGCCAGCUCUUCCCGCUACCUCAGCACUGCCCAGUCCCACUCUCCUCAGGGUGGCACCAUAGAACUGGGCAGAAUCCUGGAGCCUAGCUACCUGGGCGGCUAUGGCCCAUGGAACAUGAUGAGGCCUCAGAAAGGGAGCGUGUCUUGGGGAGACCUAUCCUCAGUCUCCUCUGUGUACCAGCUGAACGCCAAACCCACAG